AUGGAGGACCGGAGACGCAGUGCGCUGAACCAGCUCCCGCCGCCGGCCAACUCCAGCAAGCCCCUGACGCCGUUCAGUAUAGAGGACAUCCUGAACAAGCCCUCCGUGAAGAGAAGUUACUCCAGCUGCGGUACGGCGCACAUGCUCUCCUGCAGCGAGAAGCUGUCCUCUUCAGGUCACAGUCUGUGCAGCCGUGCCCUUUUCACCCAAAUCUCCCCACUCUGCGCUCUGGAGGAGCUCGCCAGCAAAACCUUCAAAGGCCUCGAAGUCAGUGUUCUUCAAGCGGCAGAGGGCCGAGACGGAACGACACUAUUCGGUUCGCGGAAUAACCCCAAAAAGCGCCGGAAGUCUCGCACGGCCUUCACCAACCACCAGAUCUACGAGUUGGAGAAGCGCUUCCUGUACCAGAAGUACCUGAGUCCAGCUGACCGUGACCAGAUAGCACAGCAGCUCGGCCUCACCAAUGCACAGGUCAUCACCUGGUUCCAAAACCGGCGCGCCAAGCUCAAACGCGACCUGGAGGAGAUGAAGGCGGACGUGGAGUCGGCCAAAGCCGUGGGCACAGUGUCUUUCGAGAAAAUGGCCAAACUAGCCGAGCUGGAGAAAUGCGCAGCUAACGGCGCGCUGGGCCCUAACAGAUCCGAGUCACCCUCGCUAUCGAACCAUGAGCAUGACACAUCUAACAAACUAUUAUUGUCCUCGCCUUCAUCGCCAUAUACAGACCAUGCUAGCAGCAAGGGCUGCUCCGACGAUGAGGAGAUCGACGUGGAUGACUGA